AGCUUUUCACUCUGCGUCAGUAAAUCGUCCGGAACCACGACAACUGCACCUUUUCCGGAUCAUUCGAAUGGCGAAGCAGCUUGUGCCUGAUGAUGUGGUUGAGCAAAUACUGGUACGUUUGGAUGUGAAAGAUCUAAUUCGAUUUAAGAGCGUGUGUCACUCAUGGCUAUAUGUUAUAUCCAGUCCUUUUUUUGUUAAAGCUCACUUGAAGCAUGCUUACAUGACUGAUCAUAACAAUCCUCAACUUGGACACAGAAGGGUCUGUCUUCGCACAGUUGUCAGCGAAGACAUGUAUUUGCGGAACCUCGUUCGUAUUGUUGGUUCUUGUAAUGGCCUGUUAUUGUUAUGCGUUUCUCCUAGAGGAUUUAAUUUAGUAGUAACCAAUCCUUCGACCAGGGAACAUAAGGAACUACCAACGCCCCCCUAUCGGUUUUGUGAUAUUCACUAUAAAUGUUCUCUCAGGGAAGUAGUAUCUUGGGGUUUUGGUUAUGAUUCAUCUGCAGAUGAUUACAAGGUUAUAGCCGGGUUCAUGAAAAGAAAGCGGACGGGUAGUAAAGUGACAGUUUUUCAUGUGUUAACAUUGAAAUCAAAUACUUGGAAGUUUAUUGGACAAGUAAAGUAUUGGAGAUUUUGUGGCGGUGUUUCUGGUAUCUUAUGUGGCGGGGCACUUCACUGGAUCAUGACCUGUAAAAAGAAGAACGAGGAGAAGAAGACGAUGGAUGUAAUAAUUUCUUUGGAUUUAUCCACAGAGGAGUUUAAAGAAAUACCCCUACCAGAUGCUAGUCUGUUAUAUGAAUAUGGUUACAAUCAUAUACUACUAGGGGUUAUAGAAGAAUGUCUAUGCAUAUAUACAAGUGGUUCCCCUCCAUCUACUAAGAAAUGGGUCAUGAGAAACAACAAGUGGGAAGUGUUUAUUGAUGAUCAUCGUCAGAGCAAGUAUGAUAUUGUACACUACUUACCAUUUACAUCGGAUGCGCAAAUGAAUAGUAGUGAUUGUGUUGAUGAUGGUAACCUUUUGCCCGCCAAUGGGGCCCAUGUUCGUGCUAGUAUAUUUGUCAAGAGCCUCGUAUCUCCCCAUCCCCAUGAUGGGCAAGAAGAUACCAAGUGUGCUGAAAGAGGUACCAAGGAGCAAGUGGUCUUGUAAGCUUUUUAAGCCUCUUGUAUGAACUAGGAAGCCAUAUGGAUGCAAUGGGGACUUGUUAGUUUUAAUCUAUUUUAUUUAGUAGGGUACUUACUAGCUGCUGGUGGUUACUCUAUAUUUUGUUAUCCAAUUCUAAUAAACUGCACCAAGAUGUUUUAAUUUUAUUAAGAAAUAACUUUCAUAUUCA